CCCAAAUGUGCAUUUCCUAAAUGUGCGUGAGGCUCCCUGGGGGAUCUCUCCCUGCUCUGGAUUACAACCAACUGUUUACGGAAGGGCAGAGGAGGAGAGCAGGGCUGGAUUGCCUUCCUGUCAGGCGUGCGAGAAAAGCUGCUUUGCGCCGACGAGUCCCACCCCGCUCCAGGGCGGGGACUUUGCCAUCCAGGGCAAGCCGAGGAAAGCUCUCCCCAUCCUUGCCAAGGCACCCACUUGGGACAGCAGUUGUCUAACGGCCUGGGGACUCAGACAGUAACAGAUUGACCCAAUACGAGAGCAAUGGCAACAAUCAAGGGAGUCUCAAGUUUCAGUGCUGAGCAAGAAGCACAGGCACUAAGGAAGGCUAUGAAGGGAUUUGGCACAGAUGAAGAUGCCAUCAUUGACAUCUUGACCAAACUGAACGUUUCCCAACGUCAGCAAGUUCUGAUCACCUAUAAGAGCAGUAUUGGCAGGGAUUUGAUUGAUGACUUGAAGUCUGAGCUGAGUGGGAACUUUGAAAGGGUGAUCAUUGGUAUGAUGACUCCUACCACUAUGUACGACGUGCAUGAACUGAGAAGGGCUAUGAAGGGUGCAGGAACAGAUGAAGGUUGCCUGAUUGAAAUCCUGGCUUCUCGUACAAACGAAGAGAUUCGGCGCAUUAAUGAGAACUACAAACUUCAAUACGGCUGUACCCUCGAGGAGGACAUUGUCUCUGACACAUCUUCCAUGUUUCGAAGAGUCCUCGUGUCCCUCGCGACGGGAAACAGAGAUGAGAGAACGUAUGUGGAUGAUGCCCUUGCUCAACAAGAUGCCCAGUGCCUGUAUGAAGCUGGGGAGAAGAAAUGGGGAACAGAUGAGGUACAAUUUAUGGCCAUCCUCUGUACACGGAACAGAUGCCACCUACUAAGAGUUUUUGACGCAUACAGAGGGAUUGCUAAUAAGGACAUAACAGACAGCAUUAAGUCUGAGAUGUCAGGAGACCUCGAAGAUGCUUUGUUAGCUGUGGUAAAGUGCAUGCGAAAUAAACCCGCAUAUUUUGCUGAAAGAUUGUAUAAAUCCAUGAAGGGCUUGGGAACAGAUGACAACACGCUGAUCCGAGUGAUGGUGUCCCGCUGUGAAAUAGAUAUGCUGGAUAUCAGAAGGGAAUUCCUGACCAUGUAUGGGAAAUCGCUCUACUCCUUCAUUAAGGGAGACUGCUCAGGAGACUAUAGGAAGGUUCUGCUCAGGCUCUGUGGUGGGGAGGAUUAAAGGAUGCCUGGUGUACUGCCUGGGUGAUGGGAAGCAGCUGAUCAUAAGGAUUUCUUUCUUUUUAAUUUUUCCCAAAUAUCUUAUUAAUUGCUAUGAGUAUUGACUUAGGUUAGUUAAUGCUCUGGUUAGAUAACGGCCAUUCCGGUUGACCCUUUUGGUACGCUUUUAUGCUUGGAACACCCAUUUGUCUACUAAUUGGGCUACUAAAGCCCAUCUUAAACAGAAUGCUGUAACCAAAUAUAUAAAAGCUAAAUUGUUUCCCGACAAGCCGUCCCUUUGCUGUUGCAUUCACCAGCAAAACUUAUCAACUGAAGCAAACUUGGAUGCAGAAUGUGAGAGGCUGCACAGGGAAAAAUUAACUUCAUCAAUACAUGGAGAGUGCGGAAUGCAGGCUUGCUUCAGUUUUUGCAAGAUAACUAAAACACAAAGAAAUCCAUCAUCUAAAAUACAAGCGCGUUUAGAUCUUAACUUGCCCUCUGUUAGUGUGGAGCAUUAACAGCCUUGCUGCACAUUAUGUAUAUGUUGCCUAUAGAUCUGUAGGUAGGGAAGAUGUCACUGGUGACAUCAGAAAAAACUCUUGCUGCCCUGCUUACAGGGCAGCCCUGUAUUCUUGGUCUGUCUUCCUUGACUCGUGGGAGCGUAAAUCAUCAGGGUUAUAUUACAAACCCUUCCUCUGGAUAAAGUGAUGUCAUUAGAACAGUGCCUUUUAAGGAAUGACCCGUCCCCAAAAUGCAUCUCCUCAGCACUACCUGAUGCCUUAGACUGGGAUGCCUUGUACUGGGGUAGCUCACCAAAUCUCACCAGCACUGGCUGGUUGGAGCCCUGGGUAACACUACUAUUAGAGGGUCCAGUUUUUGUGCCUACGCCUGACUUGGACUUCCACACCAACCUCUGGAAAAGACUUUUUCCCCCAGACCCUACACAACUGCCUGUGAAGCUGAGCGUUGUUUUCACUACAAAAAUGUGGUUCUUGUUUGGCUUAGCAAUUUUUUUUUUUUUUAGCUGUUGGUAUGUAAUCCUGUUUUGAAGGCAUCAGACUGAGGUUAGAAUUUGAAGGCACAAAUACUGAUAUGGCCUACACCCAAUUCUGUCACUCAUUUUCUUCUAAGUUAGGCUACUGUUGUCUUGAAUUAGGAGAUGCUUCUGUGGCCUCAAAUAAAAUAAUUUUCUUUCUUGCUCUCUGUGCUGUAAUUGGAGAUACAUUCCUUAGUUUUGGUGGGAGAAGAGGCAGAGCUUUUUCCAGUUCUACUGAAGCCUUCUGCUCAGUGAAAGAAAAAUUGUCUUACCCAGUACAACAGGCUAACAGAUGCACUCCGGCUUGGUUUUGUGUUUAAAUGCCUCGUGUUAUGUUGCUGACGUUUAAAAAAUGAAUAAACAAUUUGUUUCCGUA